AUGACAGCAAUGGAGAGUGGGCAAGAGCUGCGGGAAUGCAUUCUUUUGUAUCUUGAAUUGUAUACGAAUGUGAGAACUGGAGAGUGCUGUUAUGCUAUGGUGAUGAUGACUUGCAAGAACAAGACUGCCGUCAUCAGCAGGUGUAUUGAUAUUUGGAUCACCCACGUAUGUACAUCGGUAACCUUUUGUUGCAUGCCAGAUCAAGGCCUUCGGCCGUCAACAUCAUCAAGCUCUCAUUCUCACAAUACCGGACUCGAAACAUCCGCAGAUAUCUUCAGCGCAUCCUCAAAUGGCCCCCAAGUCAUUCGACCACCUCCGCACUCCGUUCCAACUCCGAACUUCAACCCAGGCGAUACCUUCUCAACAGCAUCAAUCAUCUGCUUGGUCAACUCUGGUUUAUGUUCAUGCACAACGCCCAAAUAUAAUUCCGUUCCAUCUCUCUCGAGCAGGGGACGCAACUCGUUCAGUGGAGCCAGGUAUUUGUCAAGUCCGACUUCAGGUCUCUCGACAGCGGAUUUGGGUACGGGCAUGUGCGUCCAAUUUAUCUUGCGUGGCGCAGCUUUCCUCACCAUGAUCUCUCUCUCCACAACGACGGCAAGAGAAGCUGGUUCGUGCCAAUGCCUGUGA